CGGGUGGAUUUUUCAAAAGAACUCAGGCAACUCUGGGCGAUGGCCGGACCAGUGCGACGGCUUACAGCAGCGACAACGAUGAGUUAGCGGCUGAUGCUUAGGGGCAGCAGCUAGCACAAUCAUUACCAAUCAACGCGAGUUUGCAACUGUGGCUAGCCGUCAACAAAAUUUUCGUUUACCUUACUAUAUUCUAUAUAUUGUACCUGCCUAACGGGAGAACCACCACAACUGGUGGAAUUUGUGAUGGCCGGGGGUGGCUGAGCGGCAGAAAAAGCCGCAUUGUAGGUUCAAGUUGUGUAUGAAUGUUGGAAUACAUGUUCCAACACCUGCUUAGACCACAGCCAUCGUCGACGAAAGGCUGCCUGGUUCUCAUCGUAUUGUAUGGAGUGGAUGACGUGAAGAGUGAGUGGUAGUGCGAAAGAAGAACAUUGUAUCGACCACAAUUAGGGCCCUCCGCUUCAGCUGCGGCGUUGCAAAUUGGUUUUUUUCCUGCAUACGGUUUAAUAAAGCUAGAAAAAAACUCGGUAAAAGGUGGCGACGAGAUUACCUAGUACUACUAGACAAGGCAGUGAAUGUGAAAUUUAGUGCGUGCCCCUUUUCCUAACCCCUAUUUCCCGCUCCUAAUUGUCUUUUCUCGCCUCCCAGGAUACGAAAAUUACGUGCUCGUGUGUGCCAGUUUUUGAUUUUCGAAUGUGUACAGCCAACCAGUGAUAGUAAUAGCACAGCUGGUACUUCUAGGAUUAACCUUACCGUGUGUUGUUAGCUGGCAAAACAAUCGAAGAAAAUUAAGGUCUGUGAUUAUCAUAGGAAGAUUUUCACUCAUGAAUUUGCUGUCAAUUCCUGUUCUAAACGCUUCUGGUGCCGAUCACAAGGGUCCGGACCAGCGCUUGUGCACAGCAUCGAUGUCUAUUGCUUCCGCCUAAGCUACUGUGUACCCCUGUAUAGGGUGCGGUUCAGUAAGAAGAGAAGUAGAGAGGCCGCUCCAUUUUAUCGCCACAACCAAUCUAGCUGUUUUCACAACUACGCUAAUGUUGCUACUUCUAACUAGUUUACUUACAUACUGGCGGUAGGGCUGGUGCAGGCAUAUAAAAAAUACACAAUCGAUUUUCAGGCAACUGUGCAACGACGCAAGUGGUUGCGUCUGCCCCCCUCCUCAGAAACAAUAAGUAAUAGCAUAGAGUAUAAUAAAAAUAUACACAUAUACGUUGACUUCACCAAGAAGAAGCAAGAGAAGGAGGUUGACGCGUUGCUCCUAUUGACGCUACUGCUUCUUCGUUGUCACGAUGGGCACUUGCUUCAGCAAAUCUCGUUCGGGAGUUAAGGCGAAGCCUGACGAAACCGCCUUAAGCUCAGAGGUAAUGGGAGCUCCUCACCCGAUUAUAAGUGGCGGACAUGGCCCUAUCCAGACGGGCCCUGCAGUCAGCAGCGUAGGAAUGGUGGGCGUCGGCGGAGUGCCGGUUGCCGUGGGAAGUGUUGUUGUGGCUACCGGCCAGGAGCCAAGACAACAUAUAGGCAUCCACUCAGGACACCCGGCGCUGGACGCUGCCCUCGGUGGUGGUAUGCCUAAUGAUGCUUCAGAAGGUGGCCAUGGGUCGCCUGGUAUAAUGUCCGCCGCUCCAAAAGUAUUUGUGGCUUUAUACGAUUACGAUGCUCGGACUGAUGAAGACCUAUCGUUUAAGAAAGGCGAACAUCUCGAAAUCCUGAACGAUACACAGGGCGACUGGUGGUUUGCCCGUAGCAAGUCAACGAAACACGAAGGAUACAUACCCUCGAACUAUGUAGCUAAGCUCAAAUCUAUCGAGGCUGAACCGUGGUAUUUCGGAAAAAUUAAGAGAGUCGAAGCAGAAAAAAAGCUUUUAUCUCCGGAAAACGAACAUGGAGCUUAUCUGAUUAGGGAUUCAGAAAGUCGAAGAAAUGACUAUUCAUUGUCAGUAAGAGACGGUGAUUCCGUCAAGCACUACCGUAUCCGUCAGCUAGACGAAGGAGGAUUUUUCAUUGCUCGAAGGACCACAUUCCGUGCACUACAGGAUCUCGUAGAUCAUUAUAGCAGGGACCCCGAUGGACUUUGUGUCAAUCUCAAAGCACCUUGCGUUCAGGAUCAACCUGCCCAGCAGUCGUGGGUGGAAAAACCAUCGACCGGCGGUCUGUCUCAUAAGACCCGCGAUCAUUGGGAAAUAGACAGAAGCUCGCUCAAAUUCAUCCGAAAGUUAGGACAAGGACAAUUUGGUGAAGUCUGGGAGGGGCAAUGGAACAAUACAACACCUGUCGCAAUCAAGACACUGAAGCCCGGCACCAUGGACCCAAAAGAUUUCCUCGAGGAAGCUCACACCAUGAAAAAAUUGCGUCAUCCUAAGCUGGUGCAGUUGUACGCUGUGUGUACACUUGCAGAGCCUAUAUAUAUAAUUACGGAACUUAUGAAAAACGGCUCACUCCUCGAGUAUCUACAGGGUAAGGGACGAUCACACAAAUUGCCUCAGCUGAUCGAUAUGGCUGCCCAAAUCGCCGCUGGAAUGGCUUUUCUGGAGCAGCAGAAUUACAUCCAUCGCGACCUAGCCGCCAGAAAUAUCCUGGUUGGCGAUAACAAUCAGGUCAAGAUAGCUGAUUUCGGCUUAGCUAGGCUCAUUAAGAAUGAGGAUGAGUACGAGGCUCGAGUGGGAGCGCGGUUCCCAAUUAAAUGGACCGCUCCAGAAGCCGCCAAUUACUCGCGUUUCUCGAUUAAGUCAGACGUCUGGUCGUUCGGCAUUCUGCUCACCGAACUGGUCACGUACGGAAGGAUACCUUAUCCUGGUAUGACGAACGCAGAGGUAUUACACCAAGUGGAACAUGGCUACCGCAUGCCAUCGCCGCCACAGUGUCCCGUGGCACUAUACGAAAUCAUGCUCGAGUGCUGGCACAAGGACCCCAUCAAGCGGCCAACUUUCGAAACACUACAGUGGAAGCUGGAAGACUUCUUUACAUUGGAAGGCUCCGAAUACAAGGAAGCUUCCAUCGCCUACUGAGCCUCUCCAUAGUCCUCUCACGCUCAAUCACCAUAAAGUUAUAAUUUUUAUUACUGUUCGUACCAAACAUGACUAUCUUUCAAACUGCAUUAUUACAUUCGUUACGUGAAAUCGGAUCGCACGUAAUGCAUUUGUUGCGAAAAAAGAACGUUGCGUUUAUAGGUAGCAAGCAUACUUUCAAUCCAAUUGCUUUUCCAGAAACGGAUGGCACCGCUUUACUCUCUGGAGAAGCGAAUAGUGCACAUAGUAAGAGAUAACUAUACGUUUAUCAGCCUAGAAAAAAAUUCGUCAAGUACCUUUGUAGUUCACGUCUAACUGAACCCUUUUCUUACUUUUAAAUGUAAUAAUUCUGGAGGUAACACACGUUUUAUGUGUGACCAGAUUCCACGUAACUAAGUAGUAUCCUGGAUAAACUGCAGAAUUGCAGCAAUAGUAGCAUGGACGACGAUAAUAUCCCAGGCAGUAGUAUAAAAAGGGUCAACAAAAUCGCGCAGCGUUGCUGAAUCCGCCAGACUCCUAUUACAAUGACGUAAGUAUUGCCGCAAAAGCUCCAAGGAUUUCUCAAGUUUAUUUUAUGAACGAUAAGGCCACUACAGCGAUCGCUAGGGCUGAUAUUAUUAGUAUAAAUAAUUCCACAGUGACGAUUACAUAUUAGUUCGGUGAAAUUCUUUCAACUUCAAAAAGCAUUUGCUUAUUUCCACACAGUAGAUCUUGUAUUCUCCUGCACCAGUAGUCAUCUUUGGGUACUCUCUGAAAUAAGACGAUAUAGAAUUACUCGCCUUUGGCCACCAAACGAGAAUGUUUCGUCUGAGAUUUUUUACUUAACUCCUUUUUACAAAACGUACAUCCUAUCACUCACUAACACAUUGCGAACCAAAACGCAACUCCACUAUUCGUCCCGUUGAUUUUGCACUAUGCCUCUUCGAUCUUGCAGCACCGUGCUAAUUUAAAAAGAAAAUCUACAUUAUAGCCUAAUGUUACAAUUAUCCUCGCUUGAAUGUUAUAUAUAUAUAUAUAUAUAUAUAUAACCCAAGUCGGAGGGGCUGAUGGUUUUUAUUCAUCAGAUUCAAGAGUAUCUUUCUGAUGUAAACACUUUAAAACUAUUUGUGGCACUCUAGUUGCUUAAUCCUAGCAAUACUCGCCCGAGUAUAAGUACCCGAGUAUAAGACAUUGGACUGACAUACGACAAUUAAACAAGGCACGUGAAUUUUAGGAAACGCUCGGUACGCUUGAAGGGAAUCCAAUAUAUAACGGCCAUCGAGACACCGAUAUAUUUUUUGGAAAUGUGUAAGCUAGUACCUAGUGCUUUCAAAAUGGCUCUGCGCGGUGAAACUAGCGUGCUUACAGACUCGGUAGAUUGAUACUGGAAAUACCACAUAUUAUACCAAAAUAACUGAGUGAGGGAGUGAAGGGGGUUUUGUAAUAUCAUUCGAGGUUAUCUAAAAGUAAGAUCUACUCGCAUUAUGAUUACGAUUAUUCGGCUCGAUAUCGGCGUAUGAAUGUAACUGAAAAUUUUGUGCCGCUGUACAUUAUGACGGUGGCUCGCAUUGUUAUGCUUUUGAGGGACAAAUGGAAAAAAUUAUCUGGCUAGUCUCCAAAAUAAAGCAUCUUAGAUCGUACGUCGUCGCAGUGAAGAAUGUGACGUGGAGCUAAGAUGUAACGCGUCAAAUGGUGGAGAGUGCAUAAAUUCAGUGUGGAUGAGAAUAACAAUAAUAUCUAUACAUAAAUACAAUAACAACAAUAGGUCGUAGGUGCGCUGAUGAGGAUGGUGAGCGUGUGUGAGGGAUGAUAAGGAGAACAGAGCGGUGACAGGAGCUAAGAGUAUGGAAAUACGAGACAUGAGGAAAAAUAACAUCUGACAAGAGCGACGUGGAGAGAACAGACCCACGCUAUAGAACAGCGUGUAAGCAUUUCGUCUCAAAGCUAGGACAAAAAAGGAUGUGAGGUUAUAUGUAUAAACGUUGUGCGGAUGCGAAUAAGUAAUUGAACGUGCGUAUGUCUCAAUGUUUGUCUUGUGACGAGUGACAAGGGGGAUGCGUGCAUCCUUCGCUUGCCUUAGAAGAAUACCUUCAAAUCGCUGUUGUUUCAUUAUGAUUUCGGAAGACGAUAACAUACGAAUAAAACAAAAACGAUUUGCUGACUGAUUAUUAUCCAUUACACAAGUCCGCAUACAUAAAAAAGUAGGAGGUGGAUUGUACAGGAAAUGCACAUUUUGCAGUGCGGUUUUAUUUGAAAUAUUCUAUACAUUAUAUGUAUGUGUGUAUAUAUAUAUAUAUAUAUAUAUAUAUAUAUAUAUAUAAUCUCAAGUAUCCGUACUUCAUUUAAUUGCACUAAUGUUCACUACAUUGUUUAUUUUUUUUACUCACGACCACUACUACUUGGACACACAAGAGAUGCCGCCACCCUUCGCUCUCGUGUUCACUGAUCUCCGUAACGAAUCUAGUUGUGUCUCGGUAAAGUAUGUAGUUACUGACGCUGCGAGAUCACGUCAUCGAUGAUAUUAUAGGUGGCCUUUAAUCAAAGAGAUCAACUUUAGAAACACGCAUCAGGGCUUUGAAUAGAUCAAGUCAUUCCGUUUAACCACUUAAGAUUAUAGUUGAAUGCGGGCGCUGUCGUCAUUCUAACUCCACCUCGAUCAAACAUUCCUAAUACAUAACGAUAAAAUGAAAGUAAUGUAAACGACGAAUACAAAAGAAAAUGCGUUAUUUGUUUUUUGGCAUAGCUGUUAGCACGCAAAAGUACCCCUGCAAUUUGUAUUGGAAUCUGUAGCAAGUCGAAGUGGAAAUCGGGCACCGACGUCGACUGCUCCGGAGAUUGGCUGAUUUGCCUAAUGUAGCUGCUUGCUAGAAAAAGAGCGGAAUGUGAUGGUCAGAGGAGCUGCCUGCAUAAAUUUCAUGGAAUAACAUUUUUAACAAUUGCAUAUGAUGGAGAAGAGGUAAAAUUAGCAUUCGAAUAUUUAACUGGAAAUAAUUUCGUAACAUUAUUUUCCGCGCCUGACCUUGAGUAAUCUUGGCAGGCAAACAGGUUCAUAUAUGAGAAGAAAAUAAGCAUCUUUUAGCCUACUCGUCGGUCUAUAUAGUGGAGACGAAACGGAAGAUGGUUAAUCUGUAUUAUUAUUAUUGCCUUUUCCCUUUGACACGUAUGCGGUGUACGUGUAUUCGCUUGGCGUUGCUUCUGCUCCGAGCAAUAACCAAUAAUCAAUGACACGGUAUGACAGAGUGAAAACUUUUCGAACAGACAAGAUUGGUGGGAUGCAGUUGGGUCAGGUCAUUGUUUCCUACUAGCAUCUCGUAUUUUAUUCUACGAAAUAAAUGCCCCAAUAUGCGAAUAAAACGGAUCGCGUUGCCUGCAUGGAUGAUGAAUGAGUACAGACACGAAAAAUGCCUUGAUUCGAUAAGUACGGCUAGAAAGGUCGCGCAGUGAGCGAAAGGACUGCUGAAAGGAUGACCAACGGGUGACUAAUAGGCGGGUGGUGACAAAUAAUUCCGAGUGAAUGAUAAUCGUGUCUUCUUAAUCCGAUUCACUUGAAAGCGUAUCGGUUCCAUCUUACGGUUAUCAAAAAUAGGUUUUAUAAAGAAAUGUAAUGAUAGAUUUCUGCGUCAAACCCUCGAUGACCCGUUAAGUGGUCAUACCUCUCCCUCAAACAUGCUUUUAAAGAGGGUUUAAUGAGAGCAGAGUAGGUAUAGAAAUGCGAAAUUACCAACGAUAUAUGAGAGUUGUAGUAUUUAAGCGUGAUGACUGAAUGUAUAUGAAAGAAUGAAUGAUUUAUGGAUGAACGGAUAAAAUAGCUAGAUAAGCUGAAUAUCGCAAAAAGCGCACUUCUAUCCACAAAUCAACGUCGUUCCAGAAACGAUGUCGACGCCUUAUGUUAACCACUUCACUUCGCUAAAAAUCUACUAGUGGAAUGGAUGUAUUUUCUGACGCCUGCGCGACAAGGGAUUUUAUGAACUCAAAAAUAUGAAUUGUUACCGACAGCUUCUAUCUAGGCUUUCUGAGUAUCGUUUUCUGCAAAUCAACCUAAGAAGUAGUCGGUCAAGCACAGGCUAGUUUUUAAAUUUUGUAAAUGUAUAACUCAUAAAUGUCGUGAUCUGCCCAGUAAUUGGUAGACGAAAUAACUGCUCAUAAGGUAUCUGACCAAUUAUAAAAUUUUGUAUCUAUUUAAUUUCGCCUUCCAGGCGAUUUAUAAGAGAGAAAACCGAUAUCCCGUAAAGCAACAUCAACAACAUAUACAGCAGUGCACAACAAACACAUAACCAACUUUUUGCAUUGCAUGGUAGUUAAAAAUGGAUGAAAAUGUCCGGUAAAGACUAAAAACAAUGGGAAUGUAGGGUAAGAUUAGGCGGGAAUGGAAUAAAAACAUGAAAAUCAAUCAUGUUAGCCUGCAUAUUGAUAUUAUUGGCCCUGAUUGUAUUCCUGCAAUGUAACUAUGACGCCCGCCACAACAAAUCACGGUCGUAUUAUAUCGAAAUCUACAACAACUACAUUUUAAGCCAUAUACCACAUGCUAAUGCAAGAAUAAACUCAGAUUUUAAACCUGGGUACAAGAGCUAUGGGUAGAUUACACAUACAGAAGGUAGGUAUGUUAACAGAUACCAUCGUAAUCAGAUGCACCGUAUUACAAUAAGGCAGUCAUUUUACGAAUAGCCAUUUAACCGGCUUAUGCUACUGCCCAGACGAGCCGAUAUAAGAACCUGUAUAUAGGGAUAUACAACAACAAAAUAUUAUUUCUUGCUUUAUGGAGAUAAAAUUAUGUAUCACCCGUUAAGGGUAGAACUAUUAUUAACAUUAUUAUACGACGAAGUGCAAACCGAAAAACAAGGAACGUCGUGUGUGAAGGAAGUGUAACUCGGUAGUCAAAGGGGGUGCAUAUAAACAUAUACAUACCCAACAAUUACGGAUGAAUCACUACAACACGCAGGGAAACUAGGAUAAAGCUAUAACACUGCAGAACGUUAAUGAAAAGAAGUCGGUCGAUAUUACUAAUGACGAUGUUCCCAUUGCGUCGGUAUAUAAAAUGUAAACGAACAAGUUUUACUAUCUGAUAGCGCUUUUAAUUCCAUUGCGUAUACCACACACACACAUUCACAUACACAUGCACGUACACAAACACUUAUAAAGAGAAUGUGCUCAUAAUAACCAACAACUCAUAAACUUGAUUAUUAAACACAGCAGAAUGGACACAACAAAUUGUGUGAACACGAAAAAACUGGAACACAAAUUAAUAAUGAAUUUCUUCUACUGAGCAUAUCCUUUUGUAUAUAAUUUAUCCACUAUAAUGCGAUUAAUAAACCGAAGUUUCCUGAGCGGUAA